CAUUUUCCAAUUUUUUUUAUAAAUAAAUUAUUAAUUUCUCUUGGGUAUAAAUAAAUCUUGAUCAGCUGCAUAAUUAAUUAAUUAAUUUCUCUAAUAAUAUGGGUUCUGGGAAAUGGUUUAUUCCAACCAACUGCCUAAAGAGAUUGAAGAUGAGAGUAGCAAAGGGAUUAAGAAAAAGGAAGAGGAAAACAGGCGGCCCCAAACUGGAUGAAGACGCCGCUGCCACCUUAAUCCAAUCUGCUUUCCGGGCUCAUUUGGCAAGAAGAGUCGUGCGUCGACUCAAAAGGACGAUGAGAUUUAAGGAAGUUCUACUCGUUCAUGGAUGCAGUUAUAGUGAUCAACAAGUUGCAGCAACAACUCUAAAGCACAUCCAUUCAUGGAGCCGAAUCCAAUCGGAGAUCAGAGCUCGUCGCCACCGCAUGGUCGUCGACGGUCGCCUCCAGCACAAGAAAACUCAAAAUGACAUAAAACUCCAAACCAAACUUCAUGAGCUUCAGGUGGAGUGGAGCAGUGGACCAGAGACAAUGAAAGAAAUUCUUCAAAGGAUUCAACAGAGAGAAGAAGCGGCUAUUAAAAGGGAGAGAGCUAUGGCUUAUGCUUUCUCUCAUCAGUGGAGGGCGAAUUGGAAGGACCAAGGCUUGGGGAAGGCAUAUUAUGAUGUGGGGGAAGAGAGUUGGGGAUGGAGUUGGGUAGAGCGCUGGAUAGCGGUACGCCCGUGGGAAAAUUGCAAGCUACAACCAAACACUAGUCCUAGAAAGGAAACCGCCACCAACAAGAAGAAAUUGUCCCUUGUUAGAGAUGAAGUUCUUUUGUCAAAUGUUAAGACUUCUGUUAAACCAAGAAAAGCAUUGUGAUGAUCAAUCCAUCACAUUAGCUUCUUGUAUUGCAAAUUAUGAUGAAAUGAGAGAACAAUAUAUAUAUAUUAUUGGUGUUGUAUGAAAUGAGAGAACAAGAUAUAAUAUAGAGUUACCGGUGUGUUAUUCGUUGAAGGCUAUCAGUCACAUACUUUGUGACUAGUCGUAUUUCUCAACUUGCCAAAUGAAAAAUUUUCAGAUUCGAGGAUUCUCUUCUAAACUAUCUGGUCGGGUUCUUAAGGCAAGGGUGUCUGAAUGGUUUCAAUUAGGUGUGACUCCCACCUAUAGGACUAGUUACACAAGUGACUAUGAGGGGACUUGGGACCCACCCCAAUUUGUGAUUAAUAUUAAAUACUACAUAUAGUA